AUGUCUCAUUCUGGUGCUGCCGUUUUCAAAAAGGUAUCUGGUAUAAUUACUAUUGAUGAAGAUCAUUCUCCUGCUAUCCUGACAUGGAGAUCCACAGAUGGAGAUAAGACCAGCGUUAUUGAAUUAGAUGGUAUUGAUAAGCUUCAAGCUACGCCAGCUUCAAGUGAAAAAAUGAUGUUAAGACUUAUAGGGAUCGUAGAUGAAAGUAAGAAGAUUAAAGACAAUGAUGGUAACGAAGUCCUACCAAAACCUGUUACUUACAUGUUUAUGUUUAACAACAGGAUAGUGAUGGAUAAUAUCAAAGUUACUUUGCAGCAUAUUAUAUCACGUUAUAAAGAUACACAAGCUUAUGAAGAGAAAUCUCGAAGAGAAACUGGUGGUGAGUCCGUAGACAGUACACCAGUAGUAUCAACACCUCUGAUUAAUACCAGAAAACUAGAUGAUUCGUUGUCCAGGAAGAAACUUCUAUCGAAUUUUAAACUUCAACAAUCAUUAUUACGUGAAAAUAAAACUUUAAUGAAAACUUUCCAAGAGACUGUAAUGUCCUCCGGUUUGCCGGCUGACGAAUUCUGGUCGACAAGAAUUGCUUUGUUGCGAGCAUUUGCGUUAUCGACAUCACAGAAGGUUGGCCCAUAUAAUGUUUUAUCGAGUAUCAAGCCAGUUGCAUCAUCAGAUAAUAAAGUGAAUGUGAAUAUACCCAGAGAGAAAAUUAUGAGUAUUUUCCAGACUUUUCCAAUUGUAAACAAGGCAUAUAUGGAUAAUGUGCCAAAAAAUUUCAAGGAACCUGAAUUUUGGGCUAGGUUUUUUGCCUCUAAAUUGUUUCGUAAAUUAAGGGGUGAACGUAUCUCACCAAAUGAUAGAGGUGAUGUUAUUAUAGAUAGAUACUUAACAUUGGAUGAAGAUUAUGAUAGACAAGAUGAUAUCAGUUUACAGCAUGCUGUUAAAAAAACCAUCGAUAUUAACGCUAAUGCUGAAGACGAUCCUGUAUUAAAAGGUAACAGACCCGACAUGACCAUGCAGCCAGGGAAAGAUGUUAACGGUAAUAGUGACGGUGUUGUAGACAUUUUAAGAGGCAUGAAUAGAUUAGGUGAAAAGAUGAUGAGGUCCCUAGAAAACGAAUAUUCAAGAACAAAAUUGAAAAACACAGAUAUGGAAACAGAAGAAAAAGAAGAACUAGACAUCGGUGAUCUGAGAGAUGCCAAAGUAGCAGAAUACGCUGUCAUAAAAUUGAAAUAUAAGACAAACCAGCCAGUCUCUAAAAGUAUAGAUGAGAAUGUCACGGGCAUUUCAAAAGACAAUCUUAUUAAAAGUAUUGAGGAGGCAACAAAUAGUUUAAGUAGCCAAAUUGACUUGUCAUUAGUUGUUUCGAACAAAGAUUAUAUAACUAAAUCAAAUAAUGCAGUAAUGGAAGCUGUUAAAAUCAAUGCCAAGCAAGCAGAGCAUAAUAGCUUUGAUACUGUCCUAGGAGCAUUUGUAAGUAAAGGUGCUACGGAAGACGAAGAAGCAAAAUCAGACAUCCCUAUUGAAUUACUAGAUGGUUGUAGGCUGUUACAUGGCACAUGCUGCGAGUUUUUGAAACAUUUCUACAUUCAUUUCCAAAGUGGUGAAGCUAAACAAGCAGAUUCUGUCAAAAAGCUAUAUGAGCACUUGAAAACCUGUAGGGGAAAAAUCAAAGAAUUGCUCUCUGAUGUUCACAAUGGUGAUGGUGAGGCCAUGGCAAAUUCUUGUAAGAUUUAUCUGGAUCCCGUACUAACGUCAAUCAAUUUAGCCAUUAGCAAAUAUGACGAAAUAGUUAAAGCUAUCAUAGAAAGCCAAUAA